AGACGUCCAUGCCCCGGCUUAAAUAAGCAGAAUGGACAACUGAAAUGAGUUUCAAAGGAUUUCUAUUCAGAUUCAACCGGAAUCAACCGAAAUCAAUCGAGAAUCGAUCAGAAUUCAGAAUCGACCUCAACCCUAAAAAACAAAUUGACCGACUCGAAGGGACUGGAAUUGGAUCGAUCGGAUUCCGAUUCCUCAAACCCUGAUCUGGAGUAGAAGCCAGAAGGGACCGUAUGAGAGAAGAGAGAAGAGAGAAGAGAGAAGAAGAGGCUCAACAUGGGAAUAGCACCAAAACAGCAACGUAUCUUCUGCUUGAAUUGGCCAUGGGACAUCCAUCAAAACCCUAAAGUUACAAGGUCUAAUCCCUGCCAGUUCGAAGUUCCUUGGCUCUUCAAAUCUAUGCAAAAUCUCGGACUCCUCGCUACCAAUCUCUUAGAUUCAGCUUUUAAAACCCCAGAUCCCUCCACUAAAUCCUUCAAACCCUUCGAUUUCGAUAUCGGAAUUAAACCCUUCACGAAGAGCACAAAUUCGUUGAAGACGAGGAAACAGGUUUUGUCCCCGGAAGAACAAGGUGAAGCUGAGCACCGAGCUCUAGCUUCAGCUCUGGCCAGCGGGAAAGAGGCUACAGUUAUUGAGUUCUACUCUCCCAAAUGCAGACUUUGCAGUUCUAUGCUCAAUCUUGUUAUGGAGAUAGAGGGAAGGAAUUCGGACUGGCUUAACAUUGUCUUGGCGGAUGCAGAGAACGAGAAAUGGCUACCUGAGCUCCUCUAUUAUGACAUCAGAUAUGUCCCUUGUUUUGUACUCCUUGACAAAUAUGGGAGAGCAUUAGCAAAAACAGGUGUUCCAUCCAGCCGGCUUCAUGUGGUUGCCGGUCUCUCUCAUCUUCUCAAAAUGAAGCAGCCUCAGAAAGACACUGCCAAAAGUUCACCGUCAGGGCCAGGUUAACCAAGCAAGUUCCUUUAAAUCCUUGAUCUUUUUCAAUGUAAUGUGUUUAUAUUAAUCAAAGUUUGAUGAUGUUUGCACAGUUAAAAAUUACAGUUUCUGGACUUAAUGAUGGAGGUUAGCUUUGAUUUUUUUAAACUAGAGAAGGAAUUGAACUCUUGAGUCA